AUGGGUACCCCCCAAGAUACCCCCAGCGCAAACGCCUUUGCACGACACGCGCAGGAAGACGCGGCACUCGCUGCAACGUCUCCGGAAGAAGCUUCCAACGACGACUCGGGACCGGGUUUGACCUGGGUCGGUCGGGUGGGUAUCUUUUUGCUCUUCCCCACUGCCGUCGGUGUCGUAGGCAUGUACUUUGCCUAUCUGGAAAAGACCAACAAUCCCGAACGGAUCCUCUCCUUUGAUCAGGACUUCGUCAUGCCGUUCUUGCUGUCGCUCGCCAUGGCUAUUGUGAUUGGCUUCCAGACGGGAGGCUACACGUCACGGAAAGUCAAACCGGUGUUGUCCUGGCCCAAGGUGAAACGAGUCAAACGAGUGGUGCACCGGAAAAAUGGAAAAGUCGUGGCGCCCGAAGAUGUGCCCCCGAAAAACAAAAAUGCGUAGAAAUGCCGUUCGUUUGUUCGGUCGGGUGUGCCGCUGGUUGUUGCGUUUGGUAGACAUGGCCACCGACGGAAAAUGGGUCUUUUUUUUUUGGUUCCAAACGAAAGUGAACCUCCUGUUACCUAGCUAGAACGACGCACCCACUUAAAAUCGUCACUACUACUAUUAGCACAUGGGUGGCUUUGACCGCAACUGAUAACAUGAAUUAUAUCUUCGUG